AAUCUACCUAACCUCCAUGAUCCACCCACCAUUUCUCUUCUUUCGUUCCUCUUCCUCUCUUCCCCCACUCUUCUUCUCUCUCUUUAGGGGUUAGACCGGGGGGCUUUUUGGAGGCCGUUUUGAAGCCCGACUCGGGUCGGACCGGGUCCAACCGGGGGGUUCGAUAGGGGUUUAACAACCUUGCUUAAUUACGAGUUCAACUUGAUAAUCGUUAUCUUGAUAUGUUCCAAAUCUAUUAAAAUUAAAUUCGAUAAUGAAAACAAAAAUUUAUAACCUCGUGACUUGUUUUUGUUCGAUUAAUUAGUUUGAUGAUCGAUGACAAUUAGUUCGAUGAUCUAACUAAGGGUAAUUAUAUUCUUUUAUUCUAACUGAUCCUUUGUGAAAAAUAAUUCCACCUAAUUUUUUUACUAUCAUAUAUAACAAGAAUUAGAGUAUUUUUUUAUUUCUACCAUCUAUUGAGAUUUGAGCGUGAAUACCUUGAUAAUGUAGCGAAAAUAUAGUUAAACACUUGUUUGUCAAAAAAUUAGACAAUUUUUAUAUAUAAAAAAAUUAGACAAUUAUUGUGACGCACGUAGUUAGUAAAAUCCAUGGUCCAUGAAACCGUACCGUAGAGACGGUUCAACCACGAAAUACCAGUAUCGAAGGCUAAAUCGGUAGACGGUAUUUAACGUUCUAAUGGUUCAACUACGGUAAAACCACCGUUUUAUCAUAAAAUAGCAUACCGCUGACUUUUCCGGUAUGAUACCCGGUUUGGGUUUCAUGGAGCAUGGUAAAAUCAUGGAACCUGGCAUGGACCAUAAUGUUUGAUGGCCCACAUUGAGCAAACUGCAAAACCCGUUGUGUGGCUGGAACGUGGCAAUGCCGGUCCACCAUCCACCAUUCCAUCCUUCCGCCUGGCAGAUCAUUGGAUGGAUAAGCCUUUUCCCCCAUUUCUCAUCUCCACAAGAACAAACAAAGAUUUGAAAAGAGGAAGAAAAAAAGCAACAUCUUCGUAGUUCGUACAGUACAGUUCCUCAGCUGUUUUCUUCCCUCCUCUUUUCAACCCCCAGCUGAAUCACCAACUAAGCUCCAAAAAGUGGCGCGGCCGCUCUCGUUGCCGGUAAGUCACCCAAUCCCCAGUGUUUCCUUCUUCUUGUAGAUUGAGAAGAAGAAGCGAAUUUGAGAUAUGGGUAUGUGUUAAUUCGUGGUGGGUAUCUGGAAUUUCCGAUGAUUGGGACAUCAAUUGGUGUCAAUUUCGUGUUUCUUCCGGCAAAGUCUGUUCCUUUGCUCUGUUGUUAGCGAACCCAGUUGAGGAUCUCCUGAAGGGGGAGAGUGGGUAUCUGUAGAUUGUGGUAAUUCAAUGGAUACCAUGCUCAAGGCACAUAACAAGCUCGAAUGGCUGCCUCAAGUUCACGGCUUUUCCGAGAAAUGGAGCAAUUCGGUUUCAAGCUACUCUAGGGUUCAGAGCCAAGAGCUUGUUGUGAAGCCCUAUUCCAAAAGAGGCAGAAUUGUCGGGGUUAAAUCUAGCAGUAGUGCCCUUCUGGAGCUAGUACCGGAAUUCAAGAAGGAAAACCUUGAAUUCGACCUUCCAAUGUACGACCCGUCGAAGGCUCGUCUUGUUGACCUAGCGGUCGUGGGUGGUGGUCCGGCUGGGUUAGCUGUGGCACAGCAGGUCUCCGAGGCAGGGCUUUCGGUUUGCUCCAUCGAUCCGUCGCCUAAACUGGUAUGGCCGAACAACUAUGGCGUCUGGGUCGAUGAAUUCGAGGCCAUGGACUUGCUCGAUUGCCUCGACACAACGUGGUCUGGUGCUGUCGUCCACAUUGACGAGAAUUCGAAGAAGGAUCUCGAUAGACCCUAUGGACGGGUCAAUCGAAAGCAAUUGAAGUCCAAGAUGCUGCAGAAAUGCAUCACCAAUGGGGUCAAGUUUCAUCAAGCCAAAGUUGUUAAAGUCAUCCAUGAAGAGUCCAAAUCGCUGUUGAUAUGCAAUGAUGGCGUUACAAUCGAGGCAACCGUGGUUCUCGAUGCUACCGGGUUCUCAAGGUGCUUAGUUCAAUAUGAUAAGCCGUACAACCCAGGUUACCAGGUGGCAUAUGGGAUUUUGGCUGAGGUUGAGGAACACCCGUUCGAUGUGGAUAAAAUGUUGUUCAUGGACUGGAGAGAUUCACACCUCAAAGGUGAGCUGAAAGAGAGAAACGAGAAGAUCCCGACUUUUCUUUAUGCGAUGCCGUUUUCCAAGGAUAGGAUCUUCUUGGAGGAGACCUCAUUAGUUGCUCGACCUGGACUUGGUGUUAAGGACAUCCAGGAGAGAAUGGCGGCUAGAUUGAUGCAUCUAGGGAUCAAGGUUAAGAGCAUUGAAGAGGAUGAAGUGUGCGUUAUCCCAAUGGGAGGGCCACUCCCCGUGCUGCCUCAACGAGUAGUGGGGAUCGGUGGCACAGCUGGUAUGGUUCACCCUUCGACAGGGUACAUGGUGGCAAGGACCCUGGCUGCUGCUCCAAUUGUCGCGAAUGCAAUCGUCAGGUUCCUCGGCUCCAGUAGUCGUGAUGAAAGCGGGUUUGUUGCUAACGGAGAUGAGCUUUCCGCGGAAGUAUGGAGAGACCUAUGGCCUAUACAGAGGAGGAGACAGAGGGAGUUCUUCUGUUUCGGUAUGGACAUCUUGUUGAAGCUCGAUUUGCCUGCCACGAGGAGGUUCUUCGAUGCCUUUUUCGACCUGGAACCACGGUACUGGCAUGGUUUUCUGUCGUCGAGGUUGUUCCUCCCCGAGCUCUUGACCUUCGGGCUCUCGCUGUUUGCUCAUGCUUCGAAUACUUCUAGGAUAGAGAUCAUGUCCAAGGGCACUGUUCCUUUGGCUCGGAUGAUCAGCAACCUGGUUAAGGAUACAGAAUAAGGUGUUAGACAUAUAUCAUGUUCCUCUUCUUGUAUUUCCACAAUUGAAAUUAGACCGGAUGAUGGUAAAGUUAUGCCUAUAUGCUGCAAUUCCACAGUAAUGGUUUCUAUGCUAUAUCCUCCAUUUCUUGUGUUUGUCAAAUUUAUGGUGCUUUCAACUUUUCCUGACUGUUCCUUGCAAUGCCUAUUGAUUGUUCUGUAACUCGAAAUGAUCCAACUUGUAAUGACUCGUAGCCAUUGGUGAAUCAGUGAGCUGGAGUUUUGAAGAUGAACGAACUUCGUCGAAAUGUAACUCGAAACGAUUCGACUUGUAAUGACUCGUAGCCCUUAAUGAAUCACUAAAGCUCCCACUAAAAGGGUAAAACAAGUUUGUUCUUGGAGCUGACUAUUUUCUUAAUUAAUAGUUAUUAAUGAUAGGCACCUUUUGUUAAUAAUAAGCCACAAUCGAAUUAUGAACUAAUUAAUAUCAAGCGACUAUAAUGUUAGGGAAUCAAAUCAUUCCCAUAUCUUCUUACUCAUUCGAAAGAGAUGAUAAAAAAAAAAAAAGAGAGAGAAUGUGUAUAGGAUUUGUUCAUGAGCAUAAUCCGCUUUUCAUCUGGAUUACUAUAUUGUUUGACUAUGCUAAUUUGAUCAUUUUUACGUCAUAGAUCUACACAUGAUUCCAUGGAUGAGAUACUGAAGUGGUGAUUUGUGACUGGCUGCCACGUUUCCUCAGCCUGCAUAUGAAAGGUGUACUUGUUUGGAGGUGGAGAGGUUCGCGGCUGCGCACGUGUUUAGUGUGCGCAAGACAUAGCGUACUAUAUAGUACUUUAAUGUUGCCGUGCAAGAUUUAGCAUUUAUAGAGCAAGUGUGAUGAUCGGUGUGAAGGUGUAAUGGUAGGUGGGAGGAUUCAUGGUUGGACGCGUUUAAUGUACGCCAGAUAUGAUGUAUUGUGUACUUGAGAGUUAUCGCGUAGAAUUCAGCUUUUCUAGAAACAUAUUGCGUCAUGUUUAUCAUCUGAUUAUGAAUAGAUUAAUUACUAUGUAUGCCUAACAACAUGGCUAAAAAGGCACAUUGUGUGGUGGUGUAAUUAUCCUAUUUGAGUUUCCAUGGACUUUCAAAAGCUCCAAUAAGCAUCAAUGGAGAAUGAAGGCAUCCGGGGAAAAGCAACGCUUCUUUAAGGAAUGCAAGCACAUAGAGUGCUUUUGUCAAUGUACUCUAAUAUGGUUUAACUAACACCAUAGUGCGCACAUGGCUUUUGAACCUUUUUUCCAAACGAGAAAUCUUAUUCUUUUCAGCCACCAUUAACGUGUCCUUUCUGGGUUUGCCUUAGCUUGGAGGAUGAUGAAGUUAUAUUGAUCUAAUUAAUAAGUGAAGUGAUCUUAUAUAUUCCUACAUUUGGCUGGUAAUACAAAUGAUACUCUUGUCCGACUUCUCAUUUCUACUAUCUCGAGGUUUGAUAUGAAUAAUGAAUAUCGAAAUGGUAAUAUUGGCUGUCGGGAAUCAAUAGAUCUCGAUAAGAUGAGUUGCUACAGAGAGACGUUUCGUAAUGAAUCUGACAGAUAGAAUAGUCAUCGUCAUCUUAAAAACGAGUGGUUAGCAUUUUUUUCGAGGUGGACCAUGAUGGUUAGUAUAUAUAUAUAUAUAUAUAUAGUACUAAGCAAGAAGAUUAUGGAUGAUGAUAGCUUGACAAUUAGAGGAAAAAUGUUGCACAUUAAGGAAAAAUACAAGAGAAAAAAACAUUAUUAUAUAUAUCUAUGCACCUUUGAUUGAUUGUCUGCUACUGCUUAACUUCUUCUUAAAAGCCAGUGGGUGCGGGCGUGGCAAAGCUUGAACUGGCAUCGCAUGCUGCUGCUGCUGCUGCUCGUGCAAGUUCCUAGCUGAGACCAAGCAAUUAAUUAGUGUUUUUAAUCACGAUGUGGAAGUAAAACGAAAGUGAUUAA